AUGGCACUUCCUGCCAAGAAGGUGUCUGUCAGCGUGGUGGUGGCCAUCCUCCUCCUCUUCUUCUCUGCUGCAUCAUUCCCCGUGCAUGCACGCAGCAGGAGCUAUGGCAAAAUCCAAAGCACCUGGGACGACGAUAGAGAAUACGAAACCUUCAAGGGCUACCUCAACCUCCAAAGGCCCCGGGGCGGCAGAAAAUACCAAACAUGUCAGGUGUUGCUUCGGAAGCACCCGAACGGCGACGCCAUGGACGACAAGGAUGCGCGGCGUCGCUGGUACGAGUCGUUUCUUCCAAGCACCCUCAUCGACUCCGGGGAGCCACGUCUCCUCCACUGCUACACAUUUGACGUCAACGGCUUCCUCGCAAGCCUGACCAGGGCCGAGGCUUGGGUGUUGGCCAACAAGCCAGGAGUUCGGAGAAUGUCUUCGGAUGAUCUAGGACCAUAUAGCUAUUCGCCAGCAAGUUGCGGCUUUGUCACAGCCAACACGAAGAGGAGCUUUCGUUCGUUCCAGACCGGCAUUCUGAGUUGA